GAGCAGUGGUGAAGCUGGGUGAAGCUGAUUGUGGUCAGUGGUGAUUCGCUUGUGUGGAUUGACUCCAAGCAGACUUUGACGUGUUUCCCGAUCGACGUGUCGCGGACUUUUCGCAAUUUUCUUGUCCCGUUUUUCCGCGGGGGAAGGGAAAAAAAGCUCGACCUCAUAAGAUCCGCGCUCGGCUGACGAUUGACAGUUGACGCCAGGACGAUACAUUGUGCAUAUACCUUAGGUAGACAUAAGACAAUAGACAAUUAUAGACGAUGCACGACGAUGAACUACGACGGUAAACGAUGGAUGGCACGUCGUCGUAAGCCACGAUAGGCGAUACACGUCUGGUGGGCGGCACGAUCGGUGAUGAUUCGCGAAUUAUAGAUCUCGUAAAGUCUCGAAGAUCGAUCACCGUGACCUAACAUAAUCUAACCUUGAAGGCGUAAACUCACCGCGACUCGACCACCGAACACGAGAUUCUAAUCAGCCCUAAUUCUAACGAGUAUCGUCUCGAGUAUCGCACAAGCGGACGUCAAUCUUCCAAAAUGGUUACUCCACAAACUCCAGGUAUAGACCCCUGGGUAAUUCAGCCUAGAGAGAGAAUGAAAUAUCAAGAACAAUUUGAUUCCUUGAAACCACUCAAUGGAGUUGUUACUGGUGAACAGGCAAAGGGAUUCCUCCUUAGAUCUCAACUUCCACCUCCCAUUCUUGGACAGAUAUGGGCAUUAUCGGAUACAGAUUCAGAUGGAAAAAUGGAUAUAAAUGAAUUCAGUAUUGCUUGCAAGUUGAUCAAUUUGAAAUUACGUGGUUUUGAAAUUCCUAAAGUAUUGCCACCUAUUCUCAUACAGAGUUUGAAAUCUUUUCCAACAGGUGAUGCUAACUUGGUUGGAUUGACAAACGGUUCAACCGCUCAAAAUAAUAUUGGCUCUCUAGUAAACUUAAGUGGACCUCAACCAAUGGUAUCUCAAACUGUGGCAAGUGCAAUACCUACAGCGGGAAAUACACAUCCUCUUAUAGCAUUACAACAAAAUAGACAGAAUGUGGCUCCAAGUACACACGCCACAACUCAUAUACCGUCUAAGCCACCCGCUCGACCCGCUCCACCUUCUGUGGGAGUCGCGCCUUCUGUCAAUACCACAACUGGUGGUCCUCCGCAAAGACCUGCACCACCUGCAAAUAUUGGUAGUAACUUUGCAGCCACAACAAGUGGUCCACCACCAAAACCAGCACCACCAUCAUUUCCAAAUAGUCCUGUAGGAAUCUCACCCAUAAAAGUUCCACCUUCUGUUGUUGGCACAUCGGUAGUUUCUUCAAUUCCACCUGUUUCUGGCAUAGGUAUUCCAUCAGUAGCACCAAUUGCACCUUUAAACACAAACCCUGUGCCAAUGGCUGCCUUUAAUAUGACACAACCAUUGCCAACACAGCCAUUAGGCAUAGUUAACACAGGUAUGGUUGCUCCUAUGCCUGGCGUCUCUAGUAUGGUACCAUCCAUCGGAUCAAUAAAUACCGGUACUGGAGUUGCUUCAUCGGUAGUAUUACCAUUGGUAUCCUCAACAACUGCAAACGGCGCUUUAGUCAACGGUGCCAUUACGCAAACGCCGGUAUCUACAAAUACACCCUUGAGUACAACAGCACGUCCACCGAGUAUAGAUAGAGUAGGUUCUGUGGAUUCACAGCACUCGUUAGUUGGUUCGCCGCAAUCUAUAGAAUGGGCGGUGCCACAUCAAACUAAAUUAAAGUACACUCAAUUAUUUAAUACUUGGGAUAGAACGAGAUCUGGUUUUCUAUCCGGGCCUCAAGCAAGAAACAUCAUGGUGCAAUCGCAAUUGCCACAACCGAUACUUGCUCGAAUAUGGGCUUUAUCUGAUAUGGAUUCGGAUGGACGUUUAGGUUCUGAGGAAUUUGUACUAGCAAUGCAUCUUUGCGACAUUGCUAAAGCUGGCGAAACGAUACCUACGACACUUCCACUUGAACUUAUUCCACCCACAUUUAGACGACAACGUCAAAGUAGCUUAACAUUAUCUCAGAAUGCAACGGAAAAUAUUGAUCCAUUAGCGGGCAUGCCACAGACUUCAUUCGAAGAUAAACGUAAAGAGAACUUUGAGAAAGGUCAAGCGGAAUUGGAACGUAGGCGUAAAGCGUUGUUAGAAAUUCAGCGAAAAGAACAAGAAGAGCGGGAACGAAAAGAAAGAGAAGAAGCUGAGAAACAGGAAAAAAUAAGAUUAGAACAAGAAAGGCGUAGACAAGCGGAAAUCGAGAAACAAAUGCAAAGGCAAAAAGAAAUUGAACAGGAGAAAGAGGAACAACGUAAACGCGCGCAAGAACAGAAAGAGGCAGCACGCAAGGAAAUGGAAAGACAACGACAGUUAGAAUGGGAACGACAGAAGUCGCAAGAAUUGCAAGCACAAAGACAAAAAGAACAAGAUGUUCUUCUCAAGUUGAAAGCAAAGAAUCAGACCUUAACUAUUGAACUUGGAACACUUAAUGACAAAGUAAAAGAAUUAUCGCAAAAAAUUUGUGAUACUCGAGUAGGAGUCUCAGGUGUUAAGACGACUAUUGAUGGUAUGCGAUCAACGAGAGAUGCGCAAUUACAGGAAAUGGCCGCCUUAAAGAAUAAACUUCGGGAACAAAAUCAAAGAUUAUUAGCAUUGAGUCAGGAGAAAGCGCGUAUCGAGGCGAAAAAUAAACUCAAUGCGGCGCAAGAUGCUGCCGGACAAGAGGCUGUUAAGAUGGCCUUUGACAAUAAACAAAUUACUCUUAAGCAGAUGAAAGAUAAAAUUGCAGAUUUACAACAGCAGAUCGAUUCGAAAAUGUCCGAUAUUGAAAAUAAUAAUGCUCAACUUGAAGAGAUUAAGACGCAAAUAAAAGAUCUAAUAGCAGACUGUAAACAGCUUUACAUUAAUUUUGAUGACAAGAAGAAAAAAGUACUUGAACUUCGAGCAAGCGGCAGCAGCGUCUCGGCCGCUGACUUUGCCACAUCCGCAUGGGGCGAUAGCGCAUGGAGCAAUGCACCUAGUAUAGCUAGUGACGCAGCUUGGCCUGUUGACGAUACCACUACGGUGAACUCGACAAAUGAAGCUGAUGUCGUGGGUGUUCGCAAAUAUAGAGCACUUUACGAAUUUGUGGCGCGAAAUCAAGACGAAAUAUCAUUUCAACCUGGUGAUAUUAUAUCAGUACCACCUGUGCAAAACGCUGAACCAGGAUGGAUGGCAGGAGAAAUUCGCGGUCACACCGGUUGGUUUCCCGAAUCUUACGUGGAACCAGUGGAUACCGGUACAAUUAGUUUGGAUAAUGAACGUACCUUCAUACAACAAGACAGCGUAGAGAAGAGAACAUUAGAAGAAAUAGCAGAAGUCCCCGAGAACGUAUCCGACGCGGGAUCAUUAGGUGGAGAAGCCCCGAUAGUGGAAGCUAUUAUACCUACUUUAGGAUUAGGUACAUCUUGCCACAUAGAAGCUACCGCAUUAUUUCCAUAUCGACCUACUAUGGAGCAACAUCUUUCUUUUGAAAAAGGAGAAACCAUUUAUGUUUCUGAGCAGCAGGCUGAUUGGUGGUAUGGCUCGACUAGUAAUGAAAAUAAGGGUUGGUUCCCUAAAUCAUAUGUAAAAGAGAUAAUUACAAGCAACAAAGAUGUCGCAACUGAUGGUCUCAACGAAUAUUAUGUUGCACUUUAUCGAUACGACUCGACUGAAGCCGGCGAUCUUAGUUUCAAUCAAGGGGAAGUUAUAUUGGUUAUUAAGAAGGAAGGAGAUUGGUGGACUGGUUGUGUAGGGGAUAAGACUGGGAUUUUUCCAUCUAAUUAUGUGGAAAAGUGCGAUGCUCCUAAUCAGUCUAGUGUAACUGCUCCAGAGACAAAAAGUACCGAAGAUGUUAUUCCAAUAACCGCAGCAUCACAAGUAGAGAAAACAGCAGAACAAUUGGAAGAUGAAAGAGCAGCUGCUGAGGAUAGAGCGGAAUUACCGGACUUUACUGCCAUGGCUGCUCAGCAGUAUUAUAAGAGAGGAGGAAGGAAACCAGAAAUUGUCCAAGUUAUUGCACCAUAUCAAGCAACUAGUGCAGAACAAUUAGACUUGCAAAGAGGACAAUUAAUAAUGAUUCGUAAGAAAACUGAUAGCGGAUGGUGGGAAGGAGAGCUUCAGGCACGAGGUAAAAGGAGACAAGUUGGUUGGUUCCCAGCAACAUAUGUUAAACCUUUAACCAGUAGCAGUAAUAGAAGUACACCUGUCUCUCAUGGAUAUCAAGAUUCUCCAACAGAUCCAAAUAUUGAACGCGUUAUGGCCCUUUAUCCUUACCAAGCACAAAAUGAGGAUGAGUUAAGCUUUGAGAAAGGCGAUGUUAUAUCAGUACUUGCUAAGGAAGAAACCGCAUGGUGGAGAGGAGAAUUGAAUGGCGUAUCCGGUGUCUUCCCAAGCAACUACGUAUCACCUAUGUCUAGUGAAUUGACGAUCGAUACAAUAUGUCACAAUCCCAUGGAAAAAAAACGCCAGGAACAUAUCAAAGAGCUAAUCGUGACUGAACAAGCCUACAUAGAAGACAUGAGGCUAGUACACGAGGUGUUUGAAAAACCAUUAAUUGAAAGUUUAGUCAUGAGCGUCGAUGAAAUAGAAAAGAUAUUUAUUAAUUGGAGAGAUAUUAUUGCAUGUAACGAUAAUUUUUUAAGGACUUUAAGAAUAAGAAGGGAUAACAGUUAUAACGGAGUAGUUAGAAUGAUUGGCGAUAUCCUAUGCGAAAAUAUACCUAGGAUGUCAGCUUACAUAAGAUUUUGCAGUUGCCAAAUAUCUGCGGCGAUGUAUUUGCAACGUUUGACAGAAACCUUACCGGAAUUUGUUCGAGUCGCGCAGACAUGUCAGCAAGAUCCACGAACAAAAGGAAUGCCAUUAAGCUCAUUUUUAAUUAAACCGAUGCAAAGAAUAACAAAAUAUCCGCUUAUUAUUGGCAAGAUUUUAGAAUAUACGCCGAUAGAUCACCCCGAUAGGCAGUAUCUGCAAGAAGCGUUGGCUAAAUCCGAAGAGUUUUGUAUUCAGGUGAAUGAAGGAGUCAGAGAGAAAGAAAAUAGCGACAGAUUAGAGUGGCUGCAAACUCAUGUAAUAUGUGAUGGUCUUGAAGAACAACUCGUUUUCAAUUCCUUGACAAAUUCCUUGGGGCCGCGAAAACUUUUGCAUUACGGUAUACUUCACAAGUCAAAAAGUGGCAAAGAACUCGUCGGCUUCCUGACAAAUGAUUUCCUACUGUUUGUUCAACCAAUGAAAUUCUCAUUGAACUGCCAACAAUUUUCAUUUGAACGCAACGAACAUCAAAAAUUUAAGAUGUACAGAAAACCGAUAUUUCUCAACGAAUUAUCUUUGCUUGGAGAAAACGACGGAAACAGUAGCUUGAGCGGAAGCGACGCGGCGGACAAUUCCUCGAAAAUUUUAAGACUGAAAGAUCAGAAGAAACCAAUUAUAUUAUCAGCAUCAUCUGCGAAUGAAUGUUCCUUGUGGUCGAAACGAAUCGUAGAAGCGCGUAGGAAAUUUUUAGAGAAUGAGAGGAAUCGCCUGCAGAGACAACGAUCAAAACAGGCACAAUUUAGAGCGUGCGGCAGAAUUCUCGUCACUGUGCUCGAAGGCUUCAACUUGAAAGCCCCAUCCGUUCGCAGGAGACCUCCCGAAGGUAGGCUGCGACUAGUAGUUGUGGAAGCUGAAGAUCUUGUCAUUAGUAAAAAAGGAAAGUGUAAUACAUUCUGCAAAGUGUCUAUGGGCUCUCAAGAAGAAAGAACCGGCGUCGUAUCUGGAAACGAUUGCCCUUGGUGGGAUGCCUCGAUGCAAUUCCAAGUAAAAGAUCUAUUAGAAGAUACCCUUUGCAUCACCGUGUUCGAUAAAGGAUAUUACAGUCCUGAUGAAUUUCUUGGCCGUGCCGAGAUCAGAGUCGCUGAUAUAAUGAGAGAUAGUAAAGAUUCUUGUGGACCAAUUCAAAAGAGAAUCAAAUUGCAUGAAGUCGAUAGCGGUGAUGUCAUCCUCAAGCUGGAUCUUCGACUGUUUGAUAGCAGAUAAGAUACUUGUAGUAGUAUGUGCG